UGUUAGUAACAUAUUGUUGUUGUUUUGGACUUCAUUUAGUAGCUCGCUGGCUCUCUCGCUCGGUCGCCCGUCUGACGGAGUACCAAGCGGGGUCGAGGCACCCUUAACCGGCUUCCCCUUUUUCAGGGUUAGGGUCCCACCUAACCGGACAUAUUUUACACUUUUUUUUCUUGUUGUUUUUGUUUUUCCACGCAUUCCGAUCCACGGAGUUUUAAGCACGUCCACAGAGUGUGUCUGCUGUGAGAGUGUGUCCAGUUGUCUGCAUGCAGGGAAUGACGACUCCUUUCAAGACGACCAAAGCUUUAAAGGUCAAGAAGGAGGCGGGCGAGAAUGCCCCGGCCCUCAGCGACGACGAGCUGGUGGCCAUGUCCGUGCGGGAGCUCAACCAGCACCUGCGCGGGCUGACCAAGGAGGACGUGGUGCGGCUGAAGCAGCGGCGGCGGACGCUCAAGAACCGAGGCUACGCCGCCAGCUGCCGCAUCAAGCGCGUCACCCAGAAGGAGGAGCUGGAGCGGCAGAAGACGGAGCUGCAGCAGGAGGUGGACAAGCUGGCCCGGGAGAACGCCAGCAUGAGGCUGGAGCUGGACGCCCUGCGGGCCAAGUACGAGGCACUGCAGUGCUUUGCCAGGACUGUGACCCGCGGGCCCCUGUCGCCGGGCAAAGUGGCCACCACUAGCGUCAUCACCAUCGUCAAGUCGGCCAACCACAACAACUCUGGCCACGCCCCCUUCUCUGCCCCGUCCUAGUGUUGACUGGACUGAGCUGUCCUGAACCCUCAUCCUGCACUGGGGGGAAGCUCAGUAGUAAGACUGGAGGAUGAUGGAAUGACAAGCGCCAUGUGAUGUUAUGCUGCAUUCACACACCGCCUCCUCCUUAUUCUGUUGCCCCUUUUACACAGAGAUCCGGCAAUAUGGCCAUCAAAGUGGGUCCACCUCGCCCAUGUUCAUUUAUAUGACAAAGGUGUCCACAUACAAGACAUCCAUCCAGUAUCGGGACGGCUUUGGGGCCUUGUCCCCGCAGUUUACACGACGGCACAACAUUCCCGACUUUUUAUCGACUGUGUAAGAGGGGCCUUUUACAAAGUCUGGCCCCUGAACACCAAACUGAAGAAGAAAGCAGCACUCACCAGACACAGCUUGGAUACUUAAAAAUCUACUUUCUUAGAAUUUCCAAGCACACCUUGUCCUUUUGCCAGCCUUUAAACUGUGUUGCCUUAACGCAUCCUUGGAUUAGCAAUACCAGAUAUUUGUUCAGGUUGAGUCCGUCCUGUCACACAGUGGAUUAGGUUCUGAGGAGGUUUUGCUGGAGUACAUGGAGAUAGUUUAGCAAAUAGGUAUUUCAAUACCACCUCUUUGAGCACUUACUGUAGGAGAAAACUGUCAAGUCGCAGUAUAAAACAGAAAGCAACAGUUCUGAGUGCUACCCACAUGUAUUCAGAAGCUAACAGAUGCUCUUCCAAUUAAGUAAGCCAUGUCCUGUUACAACAGCACUUACUGUGUGUGAUUGCUUUCAUGUGAAUGCCACUGGAAAAAAAUGACUUUACUCUUGUACAAAUACAUAACAUAAUAUGACAAUGUUCUCAUCCUAAAAUGAACAACUUUCUCACGUUUUUUCUUAAUUUUCAUAAUAUUGCAACCUCCUUCAUCAGUAACGGCUUUUUUUUGGUUAAAUUAGGACAUUAUUUUUGCACAAUUUCGAUUUUUUUAAAGUAAUGAAAUUACAAAAUUGCAUCAAAUAGCUAUGGAAAAAUCUUGACUUUUACUGAAAGAUUCCUCUUCUUGGAAAAUCACGACUUUCUUGAAAAAUGUCAAUGUUAUUCUUGUAAGAAAAUGAUUUUUAAAAAAUCACUUUAUGACUAUUAUCGUAAUGUUGCAAUUAAAAAAAAAUACAUAAUGUCGUCUUAUCCCAACAUCGUUCUUGUUAUAUGAUCUUUACGUAAAGUUAUAACUUUAUUCUCUAAAUGUGAAGAUUAUGCCUUUUUUUUGGUAAAAUUUGGAUGUUUCCCAUGAAAUUCCAAACUUAUUCUUACAGUAUUACUACAUCUUUUGCUUAAAAUUAAAAAACUAUUUUUAAAAUUACAACUUUAUUCUUGUAAAAUGACAUUUCCUCCAUUCUCAUAUUACAUUUUUCAUCACAUUUCAGCUUAACUCUUGUAAGAAUAGAAUUUUUUUUGUAUAAUUACAAGUGCUUUUUAUUGUCCAAAUAAUUUUUAAAGUCAAAAUAAUAAAAUGUGCCAUAUUUGAGCCAUUUAAUUUUUUUUUUGUGGUCAGUCCCAGCAUUUAUUGGUUCCAAAAUAUUGGACUGUUGUCGGAAACAAACAAAAAAGCUUAAGUAGAGAACAGUAAUGAUGUCACAGCAUUGACCAAGCAUUCGCCGACUGUCAUCCACUCGGGGGCAUAUGUGCAGUGUAUGUAGGGAUUGCAAUGAUAUGCUGUGAAGUAGUUAUUUUUCCAAUGGCAUUUACAUCUUUCAGCAUUCUCACGCUAUUUUCUGAGGACAUUGCAGUUUUCCCGUCAUUUAAAUACCACUCUUUGGAAGGUAAUCCAUAUUGGAUAAAGUUAUAAACAACAUAAAAUAAUAACAGCUCUUUGCAAGUGAAAUACUUCCUGUACUUAUUAGAGACUUCAGGCUCACCCCUUUUAGCUGUGGUCACUCGCCUCCGUCCAGAGAAAAUAAAGACGUCAUUCCUACUGCGGGGUCAGGCCAAGUGCUGCUGCUGCUGGUGACUCACACACAGUGACUUUUCUUGUUAAUUUAAUUUUAUUUUUGGCUUUGCUUUUGACACACUCUUGUGCACGAGGACUCCUGAUGCUUGCCUCUAAGUGGGAGGAGGAGAAAAACCCCCAUCAAAUUUGGUGUCAUGGCAACCCGAUGCUGUAAACACCCAUGCUCUUACAACUCAAGCCAUUCUUAAGAAAGGACAAAAAAUGUUUAUCAGGAUCUUCUCUUGGUCUAGAGGAUAUGACUGUUGUCCCCCCGAUAAAGAAAAAUCUACACCGGGGGGACUUUGCUGCUGUACAACCUGCUGUGACCUUCCAGCAGGGGCAUUGCUGUGUCCUUACUCUCAUUUUGUAUGUUCCUUCUUCCAUAGGUUUUAUAAGCAUCAUACAUUAUAUAAAUAUAUAUAUAU